AGACGCCGUGUAUAGCUGUUGUGCCACAAGCCAUAAGGACUAUUGCUUCGUGUUCGUUCGCUGCCAUAUCUCGCCACGACCUCGUUCUGUAUCGCAGUACAGCUUUCACAAUAAAUCAAAUCACCUCUACUUCAGAACGCAUGUCAAGAUCCCCCCAAUGGCAACCAUCGAAACCCAGGACCUUAGAGAAAGAAUCGGGCGCUUUCGAGUUCUGAUCAUGGGGAGAGCAAACCCAGGCAAAACGACCAUCCUUCAGAAGGUCUGCAACACCACCGAUCAACCAGAAAUUUACGAUACCAAAGGAAACAAGAUCGAUACUGCCAUCGUGGAAUCAUCGAUUAAGCCGUGCGAACUGUAGAAGAAUAUAAUUCUGCUCUACUAAAUAUGAUCAUCUAUACACCUGUGACUCCCGCAUAAGGACAGUAAUAAUAGGCGAUAACACAUAGGGUUCGCACCUGUAAGACGAGGCAAAAUCAGCGUGUCAGAGCCUCCUUCUAUAUUGUUUGAAUAAAGAGGAACUUUAUACUGCUAGGACGUAGGUAGCACUGUACUACCACCGGCAUGUCGGCAAUGCUGUGACGUGUUCCCGGC